CAUUGUGACGCUCGAAGGGCUUAAAGCGUUUAAUACGCGUGGCUGCCACAUGGCGGAGUCUCAAAAGUUUCCCAGGACUUCGUUUCAUUCUCACACGAUCCGCCGCCCAGAGACAGACGGACUUCGACUCGCCGUUUCAGCUCCACAUCGCAUAAAAGAGUCAGAGCCAUGGGGAAGGGCUGCAUUGCAGUGACCAAAUACAUCCUGUUCUUCUUCAACCUCCUCUUCUUCCUCUUCGGUUUGCUAAUCCUGGGAUUCGGGCUCUGGGUUCUCCUGGACAACCAGAGUUUCAUCGCCGUUCUGCAGGAGUCUUCUUCCAGUCUCAAGGUGGCGUCCUACAUCUUGAUCGGCGUUGGCUCCCUCUCCGUUCUCAUGGGCUUCCUCGGAUGCUUGGGAGCCAUCUACGAGAUCCGCUUCCUGCUGGGACUGUACUUUACCUGCCUGCUGUUGAUUCUCAUUGCCCAAGUGACAGCUGGUGUGCUCAUCUACUUCCAGCAGGACCUGCUGAAGAACGAGUUGUCUGGCAUCGUCAACAAGAUUAUCGUGGAGUACACGGGGAAAAACAAGACCACGGAUAAGGCCUGGGACUACAUCCAAAGGACGGUCAAAUGCUGUGGCUGGAUUGGACCUAGUAACUGGACUGAGAACUCUGUGAACAAGAACGCUACACGGAGGUUGUACCCCUGUUCCUGUUACAAUAACUCCCAGGAAGAGACUGGGUUUUGUGACAGUAUGUCCGCAAACUGGACUAUCUAUGAUAAGGGCUGCAUCUACAGUGUGGAGACCUGGCUCUUCAGUAACAUUGGAGUUAUUUUGGGAAUCUGUGCAGGAGUAGCUUUCAUUGAGCUGCUGGGGAUGAUCCUGUCUUUGUGCCUAUGCAAGAGUGUCCACCAGGAAGACUACACUAAAGUGCCGAAAUACUGAAUCUGAGAAUGGAGGGACUGCUCGCUUGCACUCCCACACAAGCUACACACUCUGCCAGCCCACAGAAUUCACAUUCUCUCUCCCCUUAAAACCUCCAGAUACUGACUCCUGUAUCUUUUGAACUUGCUAAAAAAAACAAAAAAAAAAAACAGGACCAAGUACUGCCACAGGUGGCACACCCAGUCAGACAACACAGUGGUCUGUGAUUUCUGUAAUUAAUGGAAACUAAAAAUCCCUGAAUUAUAAUUGGUACUUUACAAUAGCACAUACAACAAAUCUCUAUUUUGACUUUUUUUUUUUUUUUUUAAAAGGGGAAGAACUAUCUUAUGUAGACCGAAUUUUAAACUUUUUUUAAACAGUUUACUGUGUCCCUCAGACUCACCCUAGUGUUUGGAUUGUGUGGUAGAUAGAACAUCUAGAAAGGUAACUGCUUAACUAAGUAAGUAAUUUUUACUUUUUUUGUACUUAUAAACCUUUUUGUUUAUAUUCUGUUGCCGAGUUUCCUCUGAGCACUUUAUUACGUUUUGAGAUGAGGUUUGUUAACGUUGAGGUGGGGGGGGCAGUGUGGAUCUCGGUGGCAGUGCCGAGAUGAGGCACUUGGGCCUCUUGGGUUUGUUGGUGGAGUCUUUCGUUCACUUUUAAACUCCCAUUUUUGGGAGGCCCAGGAACAAACAGUGGUCUGGACGGGGAGGGGGACACUCACAGGGCCCCCUGUUGUUACCACUGCCCCACUGCAUAAACUGAGGAUGUUGGCGAGAUUUGAAAGCGUGUUGUUGCUGAGUUUGCAGCUUCCAGUUCCCUGUGGGCUUUCUGCUAUCAGCACAAGUCUGUCAGCAGGAAGCUGUUAGCUACGGCUGCCACCUUUCAGUCUUGUCAUCGCUGUCCUUAUGGCCGUACCAGCUGAGGUGGCAAGCAAUCACUCCCUCCGCCCCGUGAGCUCCACGCCAACUGGUCUGUCAACAGAAGUGCCAAACGGAAUUGUUUUGCUUAAACUUUAUCAUCCUUUUGUGUGCAUGAUAUUUUCCUGCCCUUUUUUGUGUAUAAAAUUUAGAUUAUAUAUAUAAAGAACGUAUAAGUGGUUAGACUGUUUGCUCAGCAUUUUUGUUUGGGGAGAAGCCGCCAUCCGUAUGUUAAUCGCUUUCGAAAAGCCUUUGUUCGUUUCCCAUGCUGUUGUUUUUGAUGUACAGAUUUUUGGCCGGCCGGUCAGCACUGUCAGCAGUAUAUAGCAGAACGUGAAGAUCUGUAGAGCUUCCACAGGAAAGAGUGUUUCGCAGAUCCCUUGCUCUCCUUAAUGCCAGCCCGCUACUAUUGCUAACCUUCCAUUGCACGCGUUCCCCACACGUAGCUUUGGUUUAGCGAGCCCGCGCACUGCUGCUUGUUUAAGGACACUUGCCGAACUUGCCUAAGCUUGACAUGCAGCCAGACUCCCUGGGAACUGUUACUCUUAAGCUGUAUAAUAGCUGAUGCAACUUUCAGCUGAGCGUAAGUAUUAUAGCCCCAUUAGUUUAUAUUUCUAGUUGUACACAUGGUAAAUUUCCUAUAAAAAAAACAACAAAAAAAAAUUGAGGCUUUGUCUUGGUAUCUCUUAGAAUAAAAAUAUUAUGUAAAAUGUAAAAAAAAUUUUUUUUUGAGUGAUUCCUUUAUUUUAAUUCUACGAAUUAAAAGUUUAAAGGUUCGGUUAAAUACUGAAUGCGAGUACGAUGGUGUCUAUUCACAAUUUGUCUUUAAAACCCAAGAACACUUUAUUGUAAAUGUCCAUUUUCCAUUCCACUUAUUUUUUUUUCUUGUUCAAUCGCUGGAACUUGGAAUAAAGUGAACACCUCACAAA